AUGACAUCCCUCUAUGGUGGAUUACGAAUCGAGAAUUCGAAAAUGACGAAUCUCUCAUUCUUCCCCGCAGCUCAAAAUGGGUUGCUCAAGAUAAUCUGUAAAACAUAUGGCGUCUACAUACAGAACAAUCAAAAUCUAAAAGAUGUUUCAAGCUUGGAAAAAAUGUACAUGUAUGAAGAUGAAUUUGGAGAAGAAUGUGAUUAUCGAAUCGAAAAUAACACAAAACUAGACGCAGAAGACUUGUGUGAUACUGGAUACCCACGAUUUUUCAUGGACCUCAAAGUUAAAGGGAAUAUGAAAGAUUGUGGUUGUCAAGGAGAUGAAAUCAUUCAUUUAUCCUUACCAAACUACAAAAACUGCACGAAACUUUUCCGUGGAUUAAAUUACGAGAAUGAAAUAAUGAUUAAUAACCUAGAUGCCCUGUCUAAUCUCGAAGUCAUCAAAGGAGGUAUCAAUAUUCAGGACAGUGGUGUACAUAAUUUAUCGUUCCUCGAGAAUCUCACAAGCUUAAAAGUCAACAAUUUGAUAGUUGGGCAGAAGCUGAUUUUGAAUCUUGUUGGCAAUGUAAUAUUGGAGAGAUUGGCGUUCCCACAUCUUCCAGAAUUGAAAAAUAUGGACGGCAAGGGAGUUAAACUAGCCAACAUCAAAUUCAACCAUCCAAGUUUAUGUCUCACGAUUGAAGAAUAUUGCUUCUUUUUGGAAAACAAUGUGUCAUUUAUCCACUUGGACACCAAAUUAUGCAAAUAUACCAAAAAUGAAACAUCUACCAUGAACAUUUGUCGUUUCCAAUCGAUGAAGGAAUUAGAGGAUAACUGCAAUUUGGUUAUUGGAGACAUAAUUAUGAAGUCAGGGGAUGAAGAGAAUUUUCAAAAACUGAAGGAUCUAGUAUACUUGUUUGGGUCGCUGGUCAUUGAAAACACAACUAUCGAAAAUAUGGAACCACUUGAUAAGCUUCGUUAUAUUCUUCACUUAAAUGGUUCGAACCCAAUUGUUCAAAUAGUCGGGAACCAAAAACUAAAGCGAGCGUAUCUUCCUAGUGUUCAGAACAUAGUUGUUAACGGGAAUCGGACGGCCAUAUUCCAGGAUAACCACCCGGAAUUUUUCAAAAAUGAGGAAGGCUCAUGCAGUUUAUUCGAAGGAGUGGAUAGCGAUGAAAGCAAACUCAGACUGCGUUUGGAUUAUAUCGGAGGAGAUUGUGGGGAAGAGGUGGUCAUUGUUUAUCGAUCAUCAUCGUCGAAACUUUCUGUUUUAAUUGUGUUCAGUUUUGUAAUUGUGCUACAUUUUGUAAGCGUUCAUUGUAACAAUUGA